UGGGAAAGCUUGAGCUCACUCUUCCGAGUCUUCUCUUCUCUUCUCUCAGAGCCCAAACCUAGCCCUGAAAUAGAGGAAGGCAGCAGGGGCGAAAAGCAGUUUAAUGUUUACCCACCUCCUCUGAACUCUCUCUCUCUCUCUCUAGCCCCAUCAAUGACUUAACUUUUGUUGAUUUUCUUCUCCUGUUUUCAAAAACCAUUUGUUUUCUCUUGUUCUCUCUGUUUUGUUUGAAAACCACACCACAAAGGGUAGCAGAGAAACCCAUUAUGGGCUUUCUGUAAUUCAUCUUCUCUGUUGCAGUUGCUUUGUUACUCAGAUCUAUCAGCUUUCCUUCUCUUCCGAUUGUCUAGAAUUCUCUGGUUAUUCUUCUUGAGUGGAAGGGAUGAGUAAAGAAGAGUUCUUGAAGAUCCAGACUUGUGUUCUUAAGGUAAACAUUCACUGUGAUGGAUGUAAGCGGAAGGUGAAGAAACUGAUGCAGAAAAUUGAUGGGGUGUAUACUACCACAAUAGACGCAGAACAGGGGAAGGUAACAGUCUCAGGAAAUGUUGACCCAGCAACACUCAUAAAAAAGCUUGCGAAAUCAGGGAAACAUGCAGAGCUCUGGGGUGCGCCAAAGGCUUCAAAUAAUAACCAGAACCAGCUCAACAAUCAAUUCAAGAACAUGCAAAUUGAGAAUGGCAAAGGCGGCAAGGACAACAAGAAUCAAAAGGGUGGAAAGGACCAGCAAAAGGGUGGUCAGCAACCACAGCAACAGCAGCAGCAGCUUCUACAACAACUGCAACAGAUGAAAGGACUGAAGGAUCUGAAGCUCCCCCAACAAUUCAAAGACCUGAAGAUACCUUUCAAGGACCCGAAAUCUGUGAAGUUCGAUCUGCCUGAGGAUGACGAUUUCAGUGAUGACGAUGGUUUUGAUGAUUUUGAUGACGAUGAUUUUGAUGAUGACGAGUUCGAUGAUUAUUUUGAUGAUCCAAAUAUUCCUCUGAACAAGUUGAAACCCAUGAUGGGUAAUGGCCUCGGGCCACAUGGACUUAAUGGGAUGAUGAAUGGCAAUCUACAAUUCAUGAAUGCCCAGGCCAUGAAUGGUAAGAAGGGUGUUGGUGGCGGCGGCGGCGGCGUCGGCGUCGGCGUCGGCGGUAAUGGCAACAAAGGCAGUGGUGGAGACGUUAAUGUGCAAGUGAAGGGAGUGGGUGGAAACAAUGACGGCAAGAAUGGCAAUGGAGGGAAGAAGGGAGGAGGCGGUGGAAAUAACAGUAACGGAGGCAAUCAAAAUCAAGGUGGUGGAUCUGUUAAAAAUGGAGGUAAAAGUGGUGGUGGGCCGCCACAAGAUGCUAAAAAUGGUAAUAGUGGUGGUGGGGGAAAUAACAAGGCCGGCCAUAACGGCAAUGGUGGUGGUGGUGGGAAUAAUGCCAACGGAGGCAAGAAAGGAGGGGGGAAGAACGAGGGGGUUCAAGUAAUGAAUAACAUGCAUCAUGGGUUUCAUAACAUCAAUUUCAAUCGUGUUGGUGGGAAUAUGGGUCAGAUGGGUCAGAUGCCCAUGGCUCAGAUGGGCAAUAUUCCGGCAGUUCAAGGGCUACCGGCGGCAGCAAUGAAUGCCGGUGGUGGAGGAUACUUCCAAGGGGCAGGGCCCGAGAUGCUAGCCGGAAACCCAUACCAACAACAGUACUUAGCGGCCAUGAUGAUGAAUCAGCAACAUGCGAAUGGGAACGAGAGAUUUCAUCCCAUGAUGUAUGCAAGACCUCCACCGGCGGUUACUUACUGGCCGCAGCCACCGAUGGCUGACCCCUACACUCACUUCUUCAGUGAUGAGAACACGAGCAGUUGCAAUAUCAUGUGAAUUGUAGUUCUGUUUUGUUUUGUUUUGUCUGUUGAGGCUGCUGGGGCGGUGGAGGUGGUGGGUGGUUGCUUCUCAUCUUCAUCAGCUACCUACCUAUACAUGGACAAGAGAAGAGAAGAGAAGAGAAGAUGAUCUGGUGCAUGAUACACAUCCAAAAAAAAGUGUCAAUUUCAGUUUCAUUUUUCUUUUUCAAUCUUCAUCUUCCAUCUUAGGUUGAAAUUAGGUUUUCUAUUGUCAUCAUAAUAUAUAAGUCUAUAUAUAAUUAUAUAUGUUAAAGAUGAGGGAGAGUUGAAGCUAUUUGAAGAUGGGGGAGUUGUUAAUUGACUCUAUAAAAAAUGAUGGGAGAAGAACGAGGGCUGUAGCUUUCUUGUGAGAUGUGUUUAUAUAUGUUUAUAGGUUGGAAAAGAAUAAGAAAAAUGAUAAUGGGCAGAAAAGCCUAUUCCCAUUCCAAUGCUAUUCCUCAAUAUUUCCA